CAUUCAAGUCAAACAAGGAGCGCCCAUUCGAGUGGCUGACUGAUCAGCAACUGCGACUGGCAUUGAGGAACUCAUCUGGAAUACGCCCAACAAUGUUCAUCCCACAGAAGACAUUUGACGCGUUGAUUAAGAUCCAGAUUGAGCGAUUGAAGGAUCCAGCAGUGCACUGCGCCGACUUGGUCCUGGACGAGAUGCUAAGGAUACUGACACAGGUGGACUCACACGUCUUCUCCCGCUUCCCAGUGUUGCGCGAGAGGAUUGUGGAGGUGGCCAACAACGUGCUGAGGAAGCUACUGAGCCCCACCAACAAGAUGAUCUCGGACAUGGUCGACGCCGAGUGCAGCUACAUCAAUACAUCGCAUCCAGUGUACACGGCCGAGUUGAACAAGCUGCUUCACUCCAACACCAAGCCAUCCAUGGACGACGACUCGUCGUACCGUAUGCAACAACAGCAACAGCAACAACAACAGCAACAACAGUCUGGUGGCGGACUGUUUGGCUUCAUCUUUGGCAAGAAGCAAGACACGCCACAGCCAGUCCAGACCAACAACAAGAGCAACUCUCAAACACAACAGCGCAACCUCUUGUAUGGCAUGGACGAGAACUACACCGAUGAGGAGAGGAAGCAGAUCCAUUUGUUGAGUAUGUACCAUAGUCCACAUUCAAUCGUUCAAUCACUAACUCACACUCAAUCAAUCCAACAAACAGAGCGUCUACUUCACAGCUACUACGAGAUUGCACAGUUCAAUGUACAGGAGAACACUAUUAAGAUCAUCUCACACUUUUUGAUCGACCGAUCAAAGGACAUACUGCAAAGAGAGUUGUCGACGAUACUCUAUGACGAGUCAAUGGUUGAUGUACUGUUGCGAGAGAAUGAGGUGGUCGUUGCCCGUCGCAAUGAAUGCAUUCACAAACUGGACAUACUCAAGAAGGCCAAGAAGAGUCUAUCCGUCACCGAGAUGAAGGACAUGCCACUGCAGUUC